AUGUUUCUCCGCAUACUGCUCAUCGCUACCGCAAUCAGUAGCGGAUUGGCUCAAAACGAAUGCACCAGUGUUGUUUAUAUGAGUUGUCAAGCGAUGCUGAACACUGCUCUCAACAUCAGUAACACGCAACCAUGGCUCACUCCGAUUUUCUGGCGAGAUGAUUUCGAGCUCUAUUUCCGCAAAGGCUUCACAGGAACUCGUGCGCUUUGCAGCGCCUUUGAAGAAUUCAAGGCAUGUUUGGAUAGUAGUUAUACAGCUUGCACCUCGGCUGAUUUCUUCAUUCAGAGAGGAGCCAAUGUCAAUGAUGCUUAUAUAUUUGCCUCAGCCUUUAACGAUUUACUUUACACGUGUGAAGAUGGAUUUGAAAUCAUUUCUUCAAACGAGGGCUGCUUUCGUUUAACAUGGGUGAAUUUCGGAUCGAAUUUGAGAGCGAUACGACAAGCGUGGGAAUCAAUGACCAAAAUCCUACCAGAAAUGGCUUGCUCUUACGGUAAAGACUUUGUGGAUGGUUUUGAAGAGACUUUUGGACGAAACUGCGGCAUUGGGAAUCAAGCAGCUAUCAGUUGGGGUUGUGAGUAUGCGUUAGCUGAGAUUUUCACACGUUCUCCACAAUGUUCACUUGCGUGCACAUUGCCAAGCGCAGAAAGUAUCGAAAAA